UGACGUCAAAUUCAAGAUGGAUGGAAUCACAGCGGCAGUGGAGGCUGCGGGUUGCGCGAGCCGAGUGUGAGCGGAAAGGGGCUUGGCGCCUGCCCCAGGGCUGAAGAGCGGUGAGUAACCGUCACGCUCCGCGCCCUAGGAGGACGUCGGGCCCUGUCGGGGACAACGGCCUCUCCGCAAAACGCGGCCUUUCCUGACGUAACUCUGAGAGGUUUAGUCCAUUAUAAUCAUGGUGGGAAACAUGGAAGCAUUCAGGCAUACAUGGUGAUGAAGGAGGAGCUGAGAAUUCUACAUCUUGAUCUGAAGUCAGCAGAAGGUCACAGGAAUGUGAGGUGCAGGAGAACAGGAAGCCAGCCAACGAGCUCACCUCCCACCAUCAGCACCUCUUAUGAUGCACAGUGUACAGCGGGCUCACAAACACUCGGGAGAGGAAGAGAGAAGAAAGAUGUGUGCUUGCCAGAUAAAGUGCAGGAUGGAGGGACUGCUGCAUUACAUCAACCCAGCACAUGCUAUCUCUCUGCUCAGUGCCCUCAAUGAGGAGCGCCUCAAGGGACAGCUGUGUGACGUGCUCCUGAUUGUUGGGGACCAGAAAUUCCGAGCUCAUAAGAACGUCUUGGCUGCCAGCAGUGAGUACUUCCAGAGUUUAUUCACGAAUAAGGAGAACGAGGCACAGACUGUCUUUCAGCUGGACUUCUGUGAGCCUGACGCUUUUGACAACGUUCUGAACUACAUUUACUCUUCUUCCCUUUUUGUGGAGAAGGGCAGCCUUGCUGCUGUGCAGGAGCUGGGGUAUAGCCUUGGUAUCUCCUUCCUGACCAACAUCGUUGCCAAAGCCCCUCAGGCUCCUUUUCCAGCCUGUCCCAACAGGAAAAGAGUGCCAGUGGAAGAUGAUGAAACCAGCUCUCAAAAGCGAAGUGUCAUUGUGUGUCAGGGCAGAAGUGAAGUGCCAGGGAAAGCCAGUGGUCCAGCCAUGCAGGACCUCAGCCAUACUGCCCGGGCCUCCCCCAGUGCUUCAGUCAAGACCAGCACCAGUAAGCCACAUGUGGCCAAGCCGCCAGAGCAGCUUCAUAGUCUGCCCUUAACUGAAAAGAGCUGGACAAAGGAUAGUGCUGCAGUAUAUGCAAAGUCUCUGGAACAGCCUGGGGCUUUGGAUGAUCCUAAUAGGGGCAGUUUGGUAAAGAGAAAUACAGUCCUGCCCCCAAAGCCUUCACAGGACAGGGAGGCCACAGAUGAUAAACCAGGGGUGAGCAGCCAGCUUCCCAAGGGGAAAGCUAUAGAGCUGGCUCUGAAGAGACCACGGCCCCCUGUUCUGUCUCUUCAUAGCUCAUCAGAGACUCCAUAUCUCUUAAAAGAAACUAGCAAAGGAGGUGGUCAGGGGGAGGAUAGGAACUUGCUCUACUACUCUAAGCUAGGACUGGUGGUCCCUUCUGGUGGGCCUGCUUCUGCAAACCAGAGCAUUGACAGAAGCGGCCCACUAGUGAAAAGCCUCCUCAGGCGGUCACUGUCUAUGGACAGCCAGGUUCCUGUUUACUCCCCCUCCAUAGAUUUGAAGUCAUCCCAGGGAUCAUCCACAGCGGCAAAUGAGGCACCGGGUAGUGUGUUCUGUGCGAUGUCUCAAAAGUCAUCUUUAAAAGAUUGCAGUGAAAAAAAAGCUCUGGAUGACAGGCCUCAAGUGCUCCAGCCUCAUCGCCUCAGGUCCUUUAGUGCUUCCCAGUCAACAGACAGGGAGGAAGCCUCCCCUGUGACUGAGGUACGCAUUAAGACGGAACCCAGCAGCCCACUGUCGGACCCCUCAGACAUCAUCCGGGUCACUGUGGGAGGAGAAGCAGCAGCAGUAGCAGCAGCAGCAGCAGCUACAAGAGACCUGCCCCUCAAAACAGAGGAAGACCAGAGAGAUAUGAGCAGACUCCCAGCAAAGAGAAGGUUCCAGACAGACAGAAGGUCACCCUUGAAGAAGGCAAAGGCAAAUGAACACGGACCUGCUGUCUCAGAAGAGAACUGUGAAGAGGGCAGGAGCCCUCCUUCCCUUGACAGCAACUUCCCAGAUUCUGACUUAAACAGAGAGGAGUUUGGUGAGUUGGAGGGGACGAGACCAAACAAAAAAUUUAAAUGCAAACAUUGCCUUAAGAUUUUUAGAUCAACCGCGGGUCUUCACCGCCAUGUUAACAUGUACCAUAACCCAGAGAAGCCUUACGCUUGUGACAUCUGUCACAAGAGGUUUCACACCAACUUCAAAGUGUGGACACACUGUCAGACCCAACACGGCAUAGUGAAGAACCCAUCGCCAGCCUCUAGUUCCCAUGCAGUUUUGGAUGAGAAAUUCCAAAGAAAGCUGAUUGACAUAGUGAGAGAGAGGGAGAUUAAGAAGGCCCUGAUCAUUAAGCUGAGGCGCAGCAAGCCUGGCUUCCAGGGACAGAGUAGCUCCCCAGCACAGCAAGUCAUCAAGAGGAACUUGCGCUCCCGAGCCAAAGGGGCCUACAUUUGUGCCUACUGUGGCAAGGCAUACCGCUUUCUCUCUCAGUUUAAGCAGCACAUAAAGAUGCACCCGGGAGAGAGGCCCCUCGGAGUAAGCAGAGCUGCUAAGCCAAAAGAGCGGGCUCUGGCACGCGCGGUAGAGAACAAGGAGGUUUACCCGUGCCGCCUCUGUAAUGCUAAGCUCUCUUCUCUUCUAGAGCAAGGCAACCACGAGCGCUUGUGCCGGAACGCCACCGUUUGCCCUUACUGCAGCCUCAGGUUCUUCUCUCCCGCACUGAAGCAGGAACAUGAGGACAGGUGUGAGUACAAAAAGCUGACUUGCCUGGAGUGCAUGCGAACCUUCAAGUCCUCCUUCAGCAUCUGGCGGCACCAGGUAGAAGUGCAUAACCAGAACAACAUGGCUUUAGCAGAGAACUUCGCCCUGGCCACCCUGGACCACAACGGUGAAGUGGCAGCUGCUUCCAGGCCUCAGACUGAGCCCAGCAAGGUAAACCAUGUGGCCACUCCAAAAGAGGAUACAGCAUUUAGCGACUCUUCAGAGCAAGUGAACUUUGAUUCUGAGGAUUCCUCCUGCCUCCCUGAAGACUUGAGUCUUUCAAAGCAACUGAAAGUCCAGGUCAAAGAGGAGCCUGUGGAGGAGGCAGAGGAGGAGGCUCCUGAGGCUAGUGCAGCUCCCAGGGAGGCUGGCCCCAGCAAGGAGACCGGCCUAUGGCCCUGUGAGAAAUGCGGAAAGAUGUUCACGGCACACAAGCAGCUGGAGCGGCACCAGGAGCUGCUGUGUUCUGUGAAGCCCUUCAUCUGCCACGUAUGCUACAAAGCCUUCCGUACCAACUUCCGACUCUGGAGUCACUUCCAGACCCACAUGUCUCAGGCUACAGAGGAGCCUGUGCAGAAAGAAUCAGAGGUGUGUCCUGUGCCCACAAACUCCCCCUCCCCACCACCUCUGCCACCUCCGCCACCCUUGCCCAAGAUUCAGCCCCUGGAGCCAGACAGCCCUACAGGCCUGCCUGAGAACCCAACCCCAGCUACAGAGAAGCUGUUUGCACCCCAGGAGUCAGAUACCCUCUUCUACCAUGCCCCACCCCUUUCAGCAAUCACAUUUAAAAGACAGUUCAUGUGCAAGCUCUGCCAUAGGACAUUCAAGACGGCCUUCAGUCUUUGGAGUCAUGAGCAGACACACAAUUAAAGGACCUACCCCUUUCACCUGUCACAAAGCAGCAGGCCCUUGGCUUGUGAACUGUGUCCUAAGACAGAAUAUUUGAAAAAAUAAUAAUAAUAAAGGUUGGAAAUUGUUAUGUUUGAAUUUUAAGUUUGGGAUGAAUUAAUAUUGGCUAGAAAUGACCUCACAGCUUUCUGGACCUCAGCAGCAGGGGUUUGAUUCUAUUACUAUUGAAGUUGGUGAUUGAGGUUUUUGGUUUCUGGGUAGUGGGAUGCUUGGGAAGUGGGUUUUUUGUUUGUUUGUUUGGUUGGUUGGUUGGUUUUGUUUUUUUUGUUGUUGUUGUUGGUUUUGUUUUGUUUGUGAUUAUUGCAGACACCUAAGUUUGAGGUAACCCUUAGCCAUGUUUCUAAGGCCAAAAAACAUACAAGGAAGGGGAGUCAUUUGCAGUGUUGAGUCAGAUUUUAGACUACUUUAGCAAUAAGAAAAGACAAGCCCCAACUUUAGUAAAGUAUCCUAACACUUGAUAAGAAAAAAACUUGGUAUUUUGUGGUCCUAUAAAACUUCCUUUUUGUAUGAAAAUUGUGAGAAUUUAAAUCAGCAAUAGUCACACUUAGAUUUUUUUUUAAUAAAAGAACAAUCUGUCAAUUACAUCAUAUAAUCAGUGAUGGUCACGUUCUAAGGGAGGCAGAGCAAUAGAAGCGUGUUCUACAGUCAGCUGCAACAGCUUAGUUGUGAAAGCCGCUGAAGUCUGUGGUGUGUUCAUAGCAUGGCUUUCAACUGGCGCUUUAGAACUGACAGUGUCUGCUCUCUGUCAGCUUGAAACUCGGGUGUCAUUGAGAUAAGCAGUGCUAGCAUGAGGUUAGCAGAGCAUAGCCUUACCACAUCCUAGACCACCAUUCUCUCUCUAGAGGCUUCAGAGAUUGGAGGAAAUGCCAUGUUGCAGUUUCCAUGUGCUUUCCAAGAACUGUACACACAACAUAGACAUUUCCUGCCUGUCUUUUGUGAGUACUUCUGUGGGGUUAUUGGAGUGGACAGCAGUGGAAAUGUCACUACAUGAUAUGCAAGCGUGGAUUAAAGCACUAGCAAGGGGCCAAAAUUAGUUUUUGCUACUUGAUUUGGUACCUUAGGGUUUGGGCUCCUCUGGUUUUUUCUUGUUUUGUUUUUGCUUUUUGUUUUGUUCCUUGCAGGUUAUAAUUAAAUCUCUCCAUAGGCAGAAUCCAAAGUUAAGUGAAAUAUUUCAAAAGACAAAGGGAAGGUCACUCCUGGAAAGGAAAUUAGGGGGACGCAAACUCCCUAUUCACUUUUGCUGCAAUCUGUUUCUUCACAUUUCAAGGUGUGAUCUAACAGAGACACUGGCCCAUCUGCUCACCAGCAUUCUACACCCAUGGUAGCAAAGGCAAUCUUGAUAUUGAAACUUUUUUUUAAUAAAUUACUAAUUGACUUUGUAUAUUAUAGAAGCUAUAUGUGGAAUUUUGCCUUUUAUCUUUUCACUUGACAAAGCAAUUAGAAAUCCCUAAAUAUGUCUGCAUUUCCUAUUUUGUUUCUUAAAUUUUGCAAAGAAGGGAAAUAAAAUUAGGUUGCAGUUAUUAAUUCUUGCCAUCUGCUUUCUUAAACUAUGCAUUUUAGAGAUGAAACUAAAAGUGUCCACCAUGUAAUGAAUGAAGCUAGUGCCAGGCUAGGUAGCUGUCUACUGAACUUCUUCCCUGUGGUGAGUGAAUGGUCUCUCUUCAGAGUGUUACUUCUUUUAAGACCAUCUCUCUGCAUGGUCAUCUCCUGUGUAGUUACAGAGUGAUAACCUCCAGACCUGGCAUUGCCAGCUCCUGCCCCAACACUUGAACCUGUGCUACGUUUUUUGAAGAUUUAUAAAGUAACAUUGUUGCAAAAAAAAAUGUAUUUUUGAUCUAAAUACAGGUUCUGCAUAUCUGUUAGGUUUUACAAAUUACCAGUGUUUGUCACCUUUUUUUGUCUAGGAAGAAAACAUAAGAUUUCAAAUAAAUUUUUGAACCAAAAACAUUUAUAAUGCAGUUGUGGUUUUUCUAUUGCUUUUUAUACUGUAUCUUGGAAGACAUCGGGCUGCAAGAAUUUAUUUUGAUGUCAAACUCUAUCCUUCCAUUCAUGUAACUAUUUUAAAUGCUAAGAAACUAAUAAAAAACAUUAAUCACUUUAUGCAGUAAACAGUUUUUUAGAGAAUGUUUUAUCUCAGCUAGCAGGCAGAUGUUUAGUGAAAUAAAUAGGCCUUUCACCACUGUAAAUCUUUAGAUAGUAAAGAUAUUCUUGUAAAUGUUUUUCUAAUUGUACUAAUUUUUGCAAGUAUAGAAAGCUCAUUGUUUCUUGUAAUUAUUUAAGAUGCCUGCUUUUUUAUGCAGUUGUGGAAAGAAUGUAAACUUUUAAUAUAUUCUUUGUUAACCUGCGAACUUGUUAUUGUUUUCUUUAUGUGGAAAGGAUUGAGUACCUAAAAUAUGUUUUUCCCACUCAAAGUAAGCAAUAGAGUUAGCAUUUCCAGGUUGCUUGCAAAAUCUCCCUUUAAAACUAGUUCACAUAUAUUUGUAGUUCUGCCAGGGCUGUAUGUAUUCUGCUUUUCUGUUUUAGAUUCUGUCCUUCUCUUUCAAAAGAUUGCCUGGUACUCAGUCACUGACCACCAGAACCUGCAUGUAGCCCCUCACUGGCACUAAUGAACGUGGUAACUGAGAUGAUGAGUCCUUUCUUUGGGACAGAGCCUGAACACUGCUUUCCCAGGCCUGGUGGUAGGCCUAAAGUUGGUCUUUGUUCCCUAUAGUUGGGCUUUGUGUGUGUGUGUGUGUGUGUGUGUGUGUGUGUGUGUGUGUGAGAGAGAGAGAGAGAGAGAGAGAGAAAUUGGUGCAUUUCCUUAGUACAAAAUGAGUAGCUUUCAUUCCUUCAGAUUUCUUCAUAAAUCCCAUCCAUUAAUUUUAUUGGAACAUCCAAAGUCAGUUUGUUAAUUUCUGAUAUCUGACUGGUGUUUUGGGGGUAGUUGUGAAAUGCAUUAUUGCCUCAAAUACUGCCAGUACACAUCCAUACUAAGUGUUCUUUAAAAGCAGAUUUGUCCAGAUGUGGUGGCAUGUACCAUGUCAUCAUAUUCUGUUUGGGAAGUUGAUCUGGAAGAUCACUUGAGCCCAGGAGUAGCAUAGUGAUACUGUCUUCAAGAAAAUAAGUAAAAAUAUUCAAGUAGGUUUUCCUUGCUUGUGGCUUUAGCACCUUAAGACAUUUGAUAAUGUUUUUGUGAUUUUUAGUGUGCUCUUAACCCUCAGUGGGGCCUCCAACUGGGAAGAAGACCAUUGGGAGCUUUUUUGCAGGGCAGGGAGCUAAAUUGGGGUUAAGAGAUAGAGGAGAAAGGGAAACUAGUAUCUGGUAUUUCAAAAGUUUCUUUUAGAGACAGGCUUUGGAGAAUCAGAAGUAUCUUCCUAUAAAUUUUUUAAAUAGUUGAGUUCUGCAUUCUUGGGUCAUUUGUGCACACCAUUUGAAUCUCCACAGUUCUUGGUUAUUAUUGAUUCUCAGAAGGUGGCCAUUUAUAGCUGGCUUUAAUCCAAACUGUCCUGAGAACAGUUUUUCAUCAAAUUCUGUUUAACUAAAAGCAAAUGGAUUUUAUAAUUGUGUGCAAGUUUUGUUGUUACAUGCCUUUGCAAAAUCGACUGCUCCGGGUUUUUUUUUUUUUUUUUCUUUUAAGAAAUAACCUUUUGGGGACUGAAAAUACAUAGUAUGAUAGGGAUGUAUGGUAUGUAAUGAUGCCUCAUUUCUUACUCCAUCCAGUUCUGUUAGUCUUUCCUUUAUUUAAUGGUGACCAACAAUGAAUGGGUCAAUAAACCUUUACUCUGCUCUUCUCUGA